GGCGCACAGUUUAUGCUUUCAAGGUCAGACCAAGGUUGUUGUGAAAUCUUGAUAACUACGAUGAAGGUUAUUGGCAGGGAGCUGAAUAAAAACUCAUCUGGAUAUAUUACGCUUAUUGCAGAAAAUGAGGAGGACAUGUGGUUAACGUACAACUUAGUCCAGGUUGGAGAUAAAAUGAGAUGUUCUACGGUCAGAAAGGUCCAGAAUGAAUCUGCAACCGGUAGUGUGCAGACGAAGCAAGUGAGAACCAACCUAACAAUAGAAGUAGAAAAAAUUGACUUCGACUUGCAGGGUUCAGUACUUCACUUGAAAGGCCGCAAUGUGGUAGAAAAUCAGUUUGUCAAAAUGGGCGCCUACCACACAUUAGACCUUAGAAUCGAUGAAAAGUUUACUAUCACUAAAACAGAAUGGGAUAGUGUUGCAAUUAUGCUUGUCGAACAGGCAUCUGACCCAACACAACAAGCUGAUCUUGCUGCAGUUAUCAUGCAUGAAGGCCUGGCUUAUGUUUGUUUGAUAACAAGUACAACAACUAUUGUUCGUGCGAAGAUUGAUACUACAAUUCCACGCAAACGUCCAGGUUUACCUACUGCUCAGCACGAAAAGGGUCUGUCACGCUUUUUUGAACAAAUAAUGCAAGCACUAGAGCGUCACAUUCGUUUCGACAUCGUCAAGUGUAUCAUAUUAGCCAGUCCUGGAUUUCUACGUGAACAAUUUUUUGAAUUUAUGAUCCAGACAGCAACAAGACAAGAGAAACGUGUAUUCUUAGAAAAUAAAUCAAAAUUUAUGCUUGUUCAUUCUUCAUCCGGUCAUAAACAUGCAUUGAAAGAAGUACUCACAGAUAGUGUUGUUAUGAGUAAACUAGUUAAUACAAAAGCAACAUCUGAAGUUACGGCAUUAAAUGACUUUUAUCAAAUGCUUAAAACAGAUCAAUCACGUGCAUUCUAUGGGUAUGCUGUAUUGUAUAAACAUUUUCUAAACUUCAUUUAUAAAUUAGUGAUAAUACAACAUUCCCUUUUAUUUGUAGUAUAUAAUGAUCAGCCAGUCAGUCGAUUGUAGAUAACAUAAGACAACCCCAGUAUAAAUAUGUCCUUUACCUCGUAUUACCACAUUUGGAAGUGUUUUUUUAGAUAUCAGAAAGAUUCUGACAUGUAUACACUUUAAAUUUCUCAUAGUAAUUGAGUUGUUGUGUUCACUAAUCUUCCUGUUAGGAAUCAUUAGUGUGUUUAUAUUUUGUAGAACAUAGUCGUAUGAUUUAUGUAUAAGGAAGAGAAUUUUAAGGCAACUUUUAAAGUCUUCACAACCAGUUUAGUUUCAUAAAUUGUUUUGUCACAGGAAGAUCAUUUGUCUUCUUGAAAAUGCACAGUUGUGAUAUUAUUGAUUAAAGCACUUGAUUUCUGUAGGUCUCAAGUUUGAACUUCACUUUAUAAUACCUUGAUUUAUACAGCUGAGUAAUAUUACUAGCAUUCAUAUAAGUAAAAUUUAACUAGACUCUGAGUAAAUAAACCUGUCCUUGGUAAGUAAAUUAUAUCAAUGCUAGUUGACAUCCCGCUUAUAUUUUGUCGGACAUCUAUUUCAUGUUAAUAUCAUAAAGAAUUUCCCUUGCACUUGAAAUGCGUACAUCGAUAUUCCAUUGUAGAUGUGAAUUGUACAUGGUUAUAUGGACCAAUUACUUACUUACGCCUGUUACUCCUCGUGAAGGAGCAUAUGCCGCCUAUCAGCACUCUCCAUCCAACCAUGUCCUGGGAAAUAUAUGAACUAGUACUUAUCUUGAACUAAUAAAGGUCAAUAAAGUCACAAAUUGAGAAAGUUACUGUCUGUAAUUUUAUCUCAAUAUCUAAAAUUAUUAGCACACCUAUAUCUCUGUAAACAACUUCAACACCGUGAAAAGCAACCUACAGUCAUUGUUAUUUAGUAAUUCUCUGGUUAGAUGUGACAUUGCAUUGUCAAAAGGGUGAAAUCAAGUCUGCGAAAACCGAUUAGUAUGAUAUUGCAAAUAUGAGUUCAUAUAGCAAGUUAUUGACCGAAUGGUGUGUAAUACUCAGUCAAAUUACAUUAAUCUGAAUUAAUCCGGCCGAAAUAAACCAUACGGAAUGUAUUGUAUACAUAUGCCACUUUGGUUUAUUUCUGAGGUCGAAUAAAUCCUUAGCACCAGUCUUUGUUUUUCACUAAACGUUAUAGGAUUUGGGAUGUCAGUGUAUCAAGCCUAAGCCAGUUGAACACUCUGAGAGUAUGACAGUCCUGAAUAUAACAAAAGGGAUUCAGUUAUGCUCUAGUCAUGUUAAAACUUGACAGUAUUAUCCAUCAAAAUAGGGUCAAUAACAUUAUCAAGAUAAUCAUGCAAAAAUGCCCAUUUCAUAACAAAUUCAUAUUACUUCAGUCAGUAAGUCAAGUAUUUGAGACUAACAAAACAGAGUCUGACUACUUCAAUGAUCGUAUAAUUAUUUCCAUUGUCAUAAACUGUCAUCAGUUAGUAAAUCAUUCAAAAUCACUGACCAUAUAAAAUAUGUUUCAUCCUAGUGUAGAGCUACUCAGUAAUGCACAUCUAUACAGGAUUUAGUCACAGUGUGAUGUGUGCUAUUGAUGUCGACAAAUAUAAGUAGUAUAUAUCAUCAACUGAAAGUAAAAUGCCUGAAGGCAGAAGGUUAAAAAGAUCAAAAAAAGAGAACAUGAACAGAGAAUAACUGGUGUGGAAAAGAAGGGACAACAAAGUCUGAGACAAUUGGUGGAUAUUCUGCAAAGGAAGUAUUUACUGUAUGGUUCUUAGAUUUUACUAAGAAAUUUUGUAACUCUAGACUGCUCGCACGUGUUUUACACGUCAUUGGUCCGAUCAAUAAGUCACUGCCCUCUAAUCGGCGGUCACAAGUUAUAACAGUUGGAUAAACAAUAUUCGUAGUAGUAACUAUCUUACAUUUGUUUUUCUCAGUUAAUUCAUUCAAUCUUUUUUAUUCAUUUUACUUAUAAAUUCAAACGUAAAUGCAGUUACAAACAUGUUAAGACGGCUGCUGAUGCAUGCGCUAUUGAUACACUACUGAUAACUGAUGCAUUAUUCCGUUCACGUAAUUUAGAAGAAAGAAAACAAUAUGUGGAGUUAGUUGACCAAGUUAAAGAUAAUCAAGGCAUUGUACGCAUAUUUUCAAGCCUACAUGUUUCUGGUGAACAGCUUAACCAACUAUCAGGUGUAGCCGCAAUAUUGCGCUUCCCAAUACCUGAACCUGUGACAGAUGACGAGUCGAAUAGUUCCGAAGAUGACGAUAAUUAACUAAUUAGUUCUUCUACUUAACUUUGUACUCAAUGAAUUUUUUUUCCAUAAGUAAACAUGUAUAUUGUGGUUUGUGUCUUUCUAUCAAUAUUAUUAUUGUGAUUUUCAUUUCCACUUGCCUCCUUUUUGACGUCCUCAUUCUUUGAGUUCGUUGUUAGUAUUAUUAUUUAUCUUCUUCACUCUUUAAUUGUCCUUUAUGCUGCCUUUACAUUGUUGCUGUGCUUAUAUAAUACCGUGCAACUUAAAAUCAGUAUCCAUUUGUGCCAAAUCCCAAGUUCUGUACUUUCAUUUGUCUCUCCUGUACAAAAUUAUAUUGAAGUGUUUGCUGUUUUUAUGGUAUCUUACUUAAAUUUAAAAAUGAUUUCGUAUUAUAUCUUCGGGGAUAAUCUUGACAUACGCAGGUGAAUUCGCUAGUCGGGCUUACCAUUCCGGAUAGGAAGAAAUAAAAUUAUGAAAUUUACGUCCUAACCUCCUCUGAAUGACAGUCGUUCUCCUUGUUUGAAAAUAAACCAGGUCUUCCAAGUCUUAUUGUGCCAAACUAGCCAUCAUUUCAGCAAAUAAAACGUAGGACUUUGUAAAAAAUGUGUGUCGGUCCAAGUUACCACACUACCAGUUGUAAAGUCACCAGGUCUAGUAAAAGUUCUAAGAUCCAUUAAUGUUUCUAGCUAUCUCUGACCAUCUUGUUGAUUUUGGACAGUGAUGAGGUAGCGAAAAUUCCCAUCUGGAUGGCGAAAAAGCA